UUGGUCAAAAUAAAAUCGCUGGGAAUUUUUAAAAAUUUAUGAAUUUAUCCUUUUUCCAAAGGUAUUAAAAAAUCUCAAGAGUUUCAUACCUGCACAGAAGGUGUUUGAUUAAAUUCCGCUAAGAACAUCUAUCUUAAAACUCGGUGAAAUCUUUCGACUUUCGAUGCUUUACGAAUGGUAUCUCGAAUGGCUGAGUUGACUCCGCUCUCUUCUGUUCAGUUCAGAGUUUCUGACAUACUCGGAACUCGUCUGAAAGCUUGUGCCUUCUUUCCAAUUCGAAUAGCAAAUUUAUCUGUAAAGCCGUUUGUGAUUAAUGCAAGAGGGAAUUCUCGAGUCGAGAGCCCCAAAACCAGGAACCGGAGGAGCAGGAAGAAGUUUAACGGGACACAAACGAAACCGAGACUUUCAGUAUUCUGUUCAGACAAGCAACUCUAUGCUAUGUUGGUAGAUGACUAUAACAGAAAGUGUUUGUUCUACGGUAGUACAUUGCAGAAAUCCAUUCGUGGAGAUCCCCCAUGUACCGUCAUUGAAGCAGCGAAACGGGUUGGAGAGGAGCUCAUUAAGGCUUCUAUUGACCUAAAGAUCAACGAGAUAUCAUCUUAUGAUCGAAAUGGAAAUGCUCGAGGCGAAAGAAUGCAAGCCUUUGAAAUUGCAAUUGCGCAACAUGGUUUCUUACCAUACUAGGUAGCCAAAACAGAAGGCAUUACACUUAGAGAUUCACUAAGGGAAUCUUUCUUUGUGAACUUUGGAAACUUGAUCUUGGAAGCACAUGAUCUAUCCGGAACAUACGGGCACUCCACGAACUCUUUCGCGUAAUUAUCAAGACAUAUAUAGAUUUGGAAAAGCUGCUUCUUCCCCUUUACAUCUUCAUUGCAUUCAAUACCCGGUGCAAACCCGAUCACGCACUUGAUCGCGUUCUUGAUCUCAUCUAAACCGUAAAACCCAUCAUUCGGUUUGAUUCCUACACAAAAAGAAACUAUGAUCAAUCUACAGAACUUUUCCAUGGAUAUUGUUUUUCUUCUUUUUAUAUACCUUUUUGUUUAAGGAUGUUGAGGAGGUCGAGUUUUUGUCUGUAUUUGAGAUUGGUCUGGAAGUAAGAGUGUUGGUUGAAGAUAGAUUGGACGCACGUGCCAUGCUUGUCCCACUCGUGUUCCCAUAGCUUAGUCUCGUUGCUUGGACAUGUCCACACUCCCCACUCUGCCCAUUUCGUCUCCAUUCUGCAAAUUAGAUCUGAUACCUGUAAUUUUUUUCAAGAUUCAGCUUAUUGAAUAUGUUUAAAUUCAAUUUUCUUGAAUUUUUCUUUGGGUGUUUGACUAUAUGUGCGUAUUAAAGAAUCUUUUAAAAUAAUGUCA